UCCAUCUCCACGCCCUGGGUGACAUCGGUCGCCGCUACUGCAACUGACAUGGGAUCCAGGAGCCUAAGUCACCUAUGAACGGAACGGCUACGCGUGGCUGACCGCGAUUCAAUACAACAUUCCAGGGAAGUUGCGCACUGUAGCAGUACCUUAUCGCGAGUUCCUGAGUCGACGACGCUCCCCCGUAGACGGCGGCAUUACGAUGCCCGAACGUCUUCGAUGAGUGACGGCUAUCUGGAUAGUGUUGAUAGGUGAGAAUGGUGACCAACGGGGAUCGAAACGAGAUACUAUUGUCCGGAUACCUUCGAGCAUCGUAUCGUAUAUGAAAAGACAGAGAUGCCGUUGAAGAAUGGUACUCAAGUCACCAGCAUCAUACAGUCCAACAUGAAGGGCCUUCUUUCAGCUUCUUCAGCAGCCUUGACCCUGGCCAGCAGUACUCUCGCUGGUCCAGUAGCACCUCGAUCCGAUCUCCUCUUUUUCAAGCCUCUGUCUGUCAUCACAGAUUCGGUGCACAACGUACAUGUCGGCUUCGGCGAUGAAUCCUUCGAAGGGGAUGUACGAGUUGUGUACGGCAGCUGCGACAUGGCAAGCCUUGAAGACAGGCAUCACGAGCUCGGCAACACUCGAGUAACUCGGUCAGCGCGACCUGAGCGUCUCGUCUGGGUUGUGCCCGACAAUAUCGCUCAUGGCGGCUGCUUACAUGCAUACUCAGGAUCUGCUUUGAUUGGUCGAUCAGCGCCGAUUACCGUCAAGCAGCCCACUCGGAAGCGAGAGGACAUCUCGGAAAUCGCAGAUGUAAUGGGGCCUUGGUUCGAUGGCGUUGCAUACAUGCAAGCGAAGUCGAACAACGCCUCUUUCGUUGCUGUUUCGAAGAGCAAGAAGAUUGCCAUCCUCGGCGGUGGGAUGUCAGGGUUGAUGACCAGUCUCCUGCUCGACUCCGUAGGUAUCCACGAUUGGCACAUCACAGAAUCAUCUCAGCGAAUUGGCGGUCGCAUUCGCACCAAGUAUCUCGCUGGUAGUACCCCAGACCAGUACCAGUACCAGGAGAUGGGACCUAUGCGCUUCCCCGUUUCAACCACGUACCCGGACACCAACGAGACCAUCGAUAUCCAGGACCAUAAGAUGGUCUUCCAGCUUGCCGAUGUGUUGAACCAGAUGAAUGGUAACGACAGCCACCUUGCUGUCAACUUCAUCCCUUGGAUCCAGAGCAGCCCCAACGUGCCGGCUAACUCAAACGGCUACCGUCUACCCAAUGGCCGCAUUCCAAGUGCUGCUCAGAUCAAGGCGAAUAGCUCCCUCGUUUUACCAGCGGCAGUAGGGCCUGACCCAGAAGCCGAUGAAAAGGCUGAAGAAGCGCUCGACGAUUUUGAGGGCAUUACAACCGAGGUCGUGAAGAGCAUUUCAACGAACGUCUACCAGGCCCAUAAGGCAGCUGUAGAGAAGGGUCUUUUCCACUGGUCGGAGCAGUCAUACCUCAGAUACGCCCUUAACCUGACCGCAGAUGAGGUGGACUUCAUCGCAGGUGCUGACAACAGCCCAAUGUGGGAAUAUGACACAGCAUACUUCGGUGCGACAACAUGGCGAACGAUCGAUAAGGGCUUGGAGUCUUUACCCAAGGCCAUCUACCCUCAUGUCCAAGACCGCCUGACUCUCGGCCGCAAAGUCACCGGAUUGAAGUACAACAACGCCACCGGCAGGGUUGCCGUCCAGUGGCGCAACGAUCCAUUCGCGAUGGAGCCUGAGAGCAAGGAAUACGACUACGUGGUUGUCGGUGUUCCGUUCUCCAAGGUUAGGCUUUGGGAGCUUCCAACGUACUCUUCCCUGCUGUCGCGUGCCAUCUCGACCAUGAACUACCAGCAAUCUUGCAAGGUUUCUCUGCACUAUAAGACUCGUUUCUGGGAGAAGCUCUCGCCACCCAUCAUCGGCGGUUGCGGUGCGGUCGAUAUCCCAGGCAUUGGCUCCGUAUGCUACCCCGCGUACAAGAUCAACUCCACUGGACCCGGUGUCAUCCUUGGCUCCUACACGUCCGGCACCAUGGCUCGUUCUCUUGCAGCGCUCAGCACUCAAGACCACGUGGCUUACGUGCAGCGCGCAAUGGUUCAGGUUCACGGCGACGUCGCGACCGAGCAGUUCACCGGUACGUAUGACCGCCAGUGCUGGGAAGUCGACGAGCACCAGGCAGGUGCGUGGGCAGCGCCUACAGUCGGCCAGCAAGAGCUAUACCUCCCAGCGUAGCUUGGAUUUUCAGCGCCCUCGACUCAGCGGUCCGCGGUACAUCGCAGCUGUUGCUGGACAUGGGCCUGGUAGAUGAGGCCAAGCAGAUUGUUGACACCUGGAUGGGCAGGUGGAUCCACAUCUGAGGCGGUCACUGUGCCUGGUGGGAGGUUGAUCAUGACUCUACGCACAAUCAUAGAAAUACAUAGAAGCGAAUGAUGAAGAGCAGUACGU